AUGUCUCAGGCUGCAAAGGCCGCAGCCACAGCGGCAGUGAACCCGGGUCCUGAUGCCAAGAGCAAGGGGGCCCCACCCUCGGGACCAGCUCCUGGCCCUGGGCCCGCCCUGGCCCCAGCCGCUGUGCCCAUACCCAGUGCCAAGGUGGGGGACCUGCCUCCUGGGAGCUACCGGCUGGUGGUCUUCGAGCAGGAAAACUUCCAAGGCCGGCGGGUGGAGUUCUCGGGAGAGUGCCUGAACCUGGGAGAUCGAGGCUUUGACCGAGUGCGCAGCCUCAUUGUCACCUGUGGACCCUGGGUGGCCUUUGAGCAGUCCAACCUCCGUGGGGAGAUGUUCGUACUGGAGAAGGGCGAGUACCCUCGCUGGGACACCUGGUCAAGCAGCUACCGGAGUGACCGGCUCAUGUCCUUCCGGCCUGUGAGGAUGGAUGCCCAGGAGCACAAGAUCUGCCUGUUUGAAGGGGCCAAUUUCAAGGGCAACACCAUGGAGAUCCAGGAGGACGACGUGCCUAGCCUCUGGGUCUACGGCUUCUGUGACCGCGUGGGCAGCGUGAGGGUCUCCAGUGGAACCUGGGUGGGCUAUCAGUAUCCUGGCUACCGUGGAUACCAGUACCUCCUGGAGCCUGGCGACUUCCGGCACUGGAACGAGUGGGGUGCCUUCCAGCCCCAGAUGCAGUCUGUGCGCCGCCUACGUGACAGGCAGUGGCAUCGCGAGGGCUGCUUCCCUGUGCUUGCUGCCGAGCCCCCCAAGUGAG